AUGGCUACAGCCCUAGACUCACAGAGGCUUGGCCUCAUCUUCCAGUCGCGUCCGGACAUUAUCGAGGGGAUCGAACGAGCCGCUGAUUCGCCCGGACGCAUUUCUCUCUUCAACAAAAUCGCCGGCCACGUCUACGGCAUGCUACACAACGAUGGCGAGCCCGCCCUCAAGAGGCGGAAAGUCGACCCUGCGACGGAUGCUGCGAAUGGCACGCAACAGGCAGCAGCAAGCUCCGGGAACGCUUCUGACGAGCCCGUUCUACUACAUGUCAAGGAAAUAUCCGUCUCGGUUCCCCAAAGAAAGAAACUCGAGAUAUGCCUCAGCCAGAAUUUUGUUUACGCUAGGGCCCCUGGAACGGCGGCCCCUGUUCCAGGCAUGACAUACGCAUGGAAGGACAUCGAGUACCUCUUCUAUUUGCCGGUGCCAGAAAAGGCGCAAAUACAGCACAACUACGUCCUCUUCCCACGGGGAACAUGCCUGCCGUCCAAGGACAGUCCCCCGACCGUCGAGCCGCUGGUCUUCACAGUUCCUGCUACCGCGCCCAAGGAGGGUACCGUCGGCGGCACCGAAGCGCCAUCUGCUGCCGCGGUAUCGGACACGUACGAGUCGCUCUUCCACUGGGCAUUUGAGAGGCGGUUGCGAGCCGCCGGGAACGCCCGAGAUCUCGUCGCGGCCGAUCCCAGCAAAUUUCACAGCGUCGUUCGCCAGCCCCAUCGACCGAACGAAAGGGCGGUGCAUGUGAGUGGCUUCCGCGGCUCCAAGGAUGGGUAUCUGUUCUUUCUUGACACCGGAAUCCUGUGGGGGUUCAAGAAGCCCUUGAUCUUUAUUCCUCUCAACCGCAUUGCUGCGAUCAGUUACACCCAAAUCCUGCAGAUUACUUUCAACAUGGUGGUGGAGAUUUUCUCUGGGGAGGGUGAACCAAACGAGGAACUGGAGUUCGGCAUGUUGGAUCAACAAGAUUACCGAGGUAUUAGCGAUUACGUGGCGCGCAACCGGUUGCAAGAUAGGAGCAUGGCGGAGCAGAGAAAGGCUAGGCUUCAGCUUGCUGAAAACAGGGGCCCAAAGAAGGGCUCGGGCGAAGGUGAGGGUGGUGAUGCUGAAGGCGGCACCGAACUGGAGAAGGCCCAAUUCGAGGCUGAACAGCAGCUACAAAACGACGAAGACGAAGACGAGGAGGAUUACGACCCUGGUAGUGAAGGGGACAGCGAAGGAUCCGGAGGCUCUAGUGACGAGGGCGAUGAUGACGGCGAUGGAGAGGAGUACGGCGACGGCGACGGCGACGACGACGAAGACGAAGACGACGAGGCGCAGGCAGAAGACGAAGGGGUAAAUCCGGAACCGGCGUCAACGCCUGCGCAGCGGCCGAGAGCUGAACCGGUCAAGAAGACGUCGCACGUCCCCGUUCGCCAAGGAUGGGCGGCAAUGGCAAGCUCGCGACCGACAGACGACGUGGACAUGGAAGAAAAGUUUGAAGUCAUGUAA